AUGGAGAAUCACGUUGGCAGCAAUGGCGUUAUCUCUCAGGAUGAAAUCCCCGCGGUAGUUAAAGACGUCCUACCCGCCGAUCCCUUCGACCUUCUUAACUUAUCCCGAUUAAUAGCCGCUCAGGCCUUCACAGCGCGUAUCCACACUCUAGAAGCGGAGGCGGGUAAGCUGAAGGGUAGCUUAGGCGAGAGCCAGUCGUCGAUUAACGCGUUGGAGGCGAAAGUUGCCGACUUGGAACUCACGCUAAAGGAGGCCAAUGAAAAACGGGAGGCUGCAGAAGAGGAACAGGCCAAGCUCACAGGCGAGAAGACAGCUCUCGUGGCGAUGGUGAAGAAACUCAACAGAGACGUUGCCAAGCUCGAGACCUUCCGUCGCACCCUCAUGCAACAACUCAAGGACGAAAACGACGACGAGCCCGCGUCCGAGGUGGGCAUGGCGGAGAGUGCAUCUGGCAGGAAGCCUCCGGUUCCCGAGUCGAGUGUGACGUCCGAAUCAAGUGCUUCAACCACCAAGACGCAAACAGAUGUCUCGGUAUCUCUGGCAGCAGGAGUGGCAGGGCCAGGGGCGGGCACAGCACUGAGGGUUGACCACGUGGCAAGAUCAACGGCUGCUGCUGGCUCUGCCACCGUGGCGUCUACCAUGGACCAUGCGGGUCCAGGAGAGGACGCAGCUCGCAGCAACAUCACCACUACCGGACAAGCAGCAGCAAGCACCACGGGCAGCAGCAGCAGUGUGAGCGCGAGUCUGAGGAACCUGCGGACGCCCCAACGCACGCCCUCCAUGACCCCCUCGCUCUUCUCCCCCGCCUUCACGCCCUCCGCCACGCCUCCCCACGGGAGCACUGCUGCCUCUCCCCGCUCGCGCACUGAAGGUGAGAAUGGCAGUGUAUGGUGUGAGUAUGUGUCUUCACCCCCUCGCUCUUCUCCCCCGCCUUCACGCCCUCUCCCCACGGCUCCACUGCUGCCUCUCCCCGCUCUCGCACUGAAGGUGAGAAUGAGAGUUGGUAGGGGGGGCGUAUGUGCCUCCCUGGCUUUCACCCCUUCGGCCACUCCUCCCCACGGCUCUACUGCUGCUUCGCCACGCUCCCGCUCUGAAGCCUUCACCCCCUCCGCCACCCCGCCCCAUGGGAGCACAGGUGCCUCUCCCCGCUCGCGCACUGAAGGUGAGCAUAGGAAUGGGAAUGGGGAAAUGGGUAGGGAAAGCAAGGGGUUUUGUUUGUGCCCGUGCCACCCCUCCCUCCACCCCUCCAUGACUCCUUGGCUUUUCUCCCCGGCCUUCACCCCUUCGGCCACGCCUUCCCACGGGAGCACUGCUGCCUCUCCCCGCUCCCGCACUGAAGGUGAGUCGCUAGGGAAAGCUGAGUACCGCCCUCUGCCCCUUCCCCAACGCACGCCCUCCAUGACCCCCUCGCUCUUCUCCCCUGCCUUCACCCCUUCGGCCACGCCACCCCACGGGAGCACUGCUGCCUCUCCCCGCUCGCGCACUGAAGCCUUCACCACCCCCUCGUCUACACCCACAGUAGCACUGCUGCCACACCUUCCCCUUCUCCCCCUCUCCCUUCCCCUCUCCUCCCCUCUCCCUCAACCUCCUUUCUCCCCCCCACUCUCUCGCUCCCUCUCUCCCUCCCAUCAGCUCGAGCUCCCCGGCUCGAGCUCCCCGGCUCGAGCUCCCCGGGUGGACGGCAAGGAGUUUUUCCGACGAGCAAGGAACCGUCUGUCCUAUGAGCAAUUCAGUCUCUUCCUGGCGAAUAUCAAGGAGCUUAACGCACACAGGAAGACACGUGAGGAGACUUUGAAGAAAGCAGAGAUCUUUGGGACUGAGAACAAGGACCUCUAUGCUUCGUUUGAGACCCUGCUGCUGUUCCUUACUUACCUCCCGCUUCUCCCCCUUCCUCCCGUUUCUUACGUCUCUGUCUGCCCUGCUCCAACAACCCAUUGCUCCUAUGAGCAGGAGACUCUGAAGAAAGCAGAGGAGAUCUUUGGGACCGAGAACAAGGACCUGUAUGCUUCGUUUGAGACCCUGCUCAGUCGUCAUCUCCCAACAUAG